AUGGAGGCGCGUUAUAGACUACAGGCGGCUGAAUGCGUCGAUCCACUACCGCGCAUGUGGGCUCAGCUACAGUGUGCAGCCGAAACGAAGUACUACUGCACGUUGGAUAUGACCAGUGGGUUCCGGAAUGUCCCGAUGAAGGAGGGGAGUAAGCCGUUGACGGCAUUCAUAACCCCGAUCGGGCUAUUCGAGUUCAACGUCAUUCCAUUCGGGAAGGCGAUCUCCGCAGUAAAGAGCCUGAACUUUGAGCACAAGGAACUCAAGCUUGAGAAGACGGAGGACGUGGAGCGCCUCCAGAACGUGCUGCGGCCGCUGAUGCUUCGGAGAAUGAAGGAGGACGUGGAAAGGAGCAUUCCGCUGAAGGAGGAGACCAUCAAUCAUCGAGGUUGA